CCAAGACUUGGCGUCACCAUGGAAGCAGUUGGUUUGUGACAUGCUGCGCCAUUUUGAUUCCAAACACAGCAGCAGCAGCAGCAGCGGCGGCAGGAGCGUCGUGAAAAUCAGCCUCGGACCCGCGAAUAAAACUCCAAGCUGCAAGUCUGGAAGCUUGAGCACCUCGAGUGUGGAGUGAAACGCCUUGUGUGCUGAUUGUAGCUGCGGACUGCGCUUUUUUUGUAAUGAUGCUAAUUCAUAGCAACGCUGGAAUGUGAUGCCUGAACUCUGUAGUGUGUUUGUGUGUGUGUUUGUGUGCAAGUUAGACUCCCAGCACGCUGAACUGACGACUAGCCCUAACUAGCUGCUUGUCCUGUAAAAAGAGGCUGUGUGUUUUUUUUUUUAAAUGUUAUAAAUGUGUUGUUGUGAUGAGUGUUGUAGGCUUGGCAACAUAGCUAGCCAAACUCUUGCCAGAAACAAUGUUAAGCGGUUCACAUGGCAGUUAUUUUUCUUCCUUUCUCCGAGCUAGGUUAGGUUUGCUCCUGGAUAGACUUAACCAUGACACAGUUGGCUAGCUAACCAGGUUAAAAUGACUAGCAGGUUGAGUUUGUUCAUGUUGAAAUGUGCUAACCAGUGCCUUAACUUUGGGUUUUUAUCACUAAAGCUGGCAAAGCUACAGGUUUUUUUUUAGAAGACAUAUUUACCUAAUUGUAUGUUUACUUGUUUUGCCACAACUCUGGCAAAAUGUCAGUGUGUAGUGUUUUUGUUCCUUUACUUCCCCCUCAGUUGUAUUUGGUCAGGGUAUUAAUGAUAUAUCUGGCUUUUUUCAGCAGUUUGACUUGAGUCUGUGGUUAUUUUUGUAUUUAUUUUUUUUUUGUUUUUUUAAUAGUGUGACAUUUUCCCAUGCUCUCGCAUCAGACCUCUUUCUUAGUGACCACUUUGAGAAAUCUGGAAUCACACAGCCCUUGACAAGAUGAGCUUUCUAAAAUCUCAACAAAUACAUAGGCGCUUAGAAACAACCUGCAGUCUGUCAGUAAGCUUGGCCUUGGCCAGACUCUGACGAGAACAGUCAAUGAUGAUUUAUGGAUUAAUACCUCUGGAGUUACACGAACAACUCCUGGAUCAUGAGAACUACCAGAAUCGAACAAAUGGGGUAGAAGAGCUGAAAACCAUCCUGUCCGAGCUGGACUUGAAAGCGGUUUCCUUUGACAGUAUUGUGGAAUUCAUCUACUUUUUACACAAACUCCUGGAUGACACCAACUUUAAAGUCUUAUAUGGCACUUUACAGGUCCUGAACCUCCUUGUUCAAAAGCUGGACUACGAUGUGGACCGAUAUUACAAACAGAUCGUGCACGUGGCUCUCAAAACCCUGGGAGACACGCGCACCGUUCCACGGAACGAAUACAUGAACAUUUUUCGGCAGCUCAUGAGGAUCGUAGGGCCACAGAAAGUUCUGGACCUUGUAACGGGGCACCUGAAACACAAAAACUCAAGAGUAAGAGAGGAUGUUCUCAACAUCAUUACAGCUGCCAUGCUCGCGCACCCCAGGAAAGACUUCAACAUCCCGCAUCUGUGUUUUCUGGUUGCUCCUUAUCUUGCAGACAGCAAGAAGAGGGUUCGACACGCAGCCCUGGAGCUCUUCGCCGUUUUCGAUUACUGCCUUGACACAGGCAAGAAGCAGCCGAUCAUGAAGGCUAUAGACAGGGUGGAGCUCACCGGUGAAGCUGAGGGCCUUAUGGCUGCCGUACAGGCACGAAGGGCCAGGCACAUCCUUCCUCGGCUAUCUGCGGAUGGUACAGUGGAAUACGCGCUGGUUAUCCCCAAACCUGGCCAGCGGCGCACGCCCCAGUUCGGCUCCGGAGCCGAUCUGGACUGGAUCCUUAAUGGAGGGAGAGCGAACAGCGCGAGGAGUCACAGGACGGAUGUGGACUCAGAAGGGCUGAGUGCUUACAGCAGCCUUGGAUCCCUGACUGACGAGAUGCCGUUACAGAGGAGGAUAGUGAGUGCCGGCAAGGGCAAAAACAAGCUACCCUGGGAGAGAUCGAGCCUUCCGUCUGCAGGAAAUCAGGAGCCCUGCAGUGGAUUGAAUGGAAAGUUGUCCGAUAAGUCAAGUCUUGAAGAUCUCACUACCUCCAUGAGACUGAAUCAGGAAACUUGUGUCACCCAGUCUGGAUUAGCAGAACCACUUCAGUCACACUCUUCUGGCCAGAGGAGAGAAAGCGCAGUCAGACUUCGCCGAAGCGGCAGCCUAGACUCAAACCCGGACAUUUUCAAAGCAGCCGGCUCCAGCGAUGCUGAGAGAGGUGUUCCCAGGACGUGUCGGCUGCCAGGGUCUGGAAACUCCAAUGUGGAGCGUACUUUUUCUCUUCCGUCCAAUCCCACUCCCCCUGGCUCCUUUCUGCUGCCCUCCUACCCUCUGGCCACUCUGCCAGGGGUCCAGUUAACUCCCACACUGUCUCGCAGAUGCCAUGCUGACUCCACGCUCUCCAUGUCCAACACAUGGCCCAACAAUCGAGAGAUGAGCCCACGACGGAGGGAGCCCAGUCCAUGGAGGAAUAACAAUGGUGAGGCUGGCUCCACCAGGUGUUCUCCAUUGCACACUUCCCGGACUAGUGUCGCGUCCUCCUCAUCGUUCCCUCAGGCUCUGAACGCAGUCAGGUCUUCUCCACCCAUCACCCCCAUCACACAGCUGUCUGUACAGGAUGCAGGGAACCAGAGAGAUCAGCGUAGCAGGAAUCUCCACCUCGACCUGACUGUCAUGAGCCUGCAGGAACCGGAUGAGGAGCCAGUGGACAAGGAGGAGAUGAUGAGCUCGCUGCGCUCCUUGCGUAACAGCGCAGCUAAGAAGAGGGCAAAGGCGAGCAUGAGCGGCUCAGAGCCGGAUCCAGACAGUCCGGACUCGGCCGUUAAACUCGAGCCAAACCUCGACUCGUCCUCUCAGACCUCUCCGUCUGUGACAAGCCCAGUGAGUGAGAGCAGCUUGUCCAGCCUCUAUUCUCCUACCACUCCCACCAUCAAUGGCACCAAGAGCAGCCCUGGGAACUCGACAACAAAAACACGUAUCGCUAGAGUGCCGUCUGGGAAAAAGAAAACUCCUUCCUCCAUGGAAGCAAGUCCUCAAGGUGUCCAACAGCAGGAAAAGCUUCUUUCUGAUGUGAGUGUCAGCGUUGUUGGUCAGAGAGUAUCUUAUUCUAACGGAGCAGCAGCGGAAGAGAAGCCAAGAGAAGCGUCUUCACCUCCGCAUGUUAGACCUGCAGGUCGUGAGCCGCUCAGAGCUUUAAGACCCGCUAAAGGAUCUCAGAUACACAGCACGAAGGCCUCUGCUGUUAGCGACAUGUCUGAGGGAGUAGUUGGAAGAGGAGUUUUUGGCUCCAUGGUUCUUCCGAGCCGUCCCGAAGUGGCAGCAUGUCCUGAGCAGGAUGAGUCCAUAAACAAAGCCUCAUGGGAGCCACCAGCUGGAGUAUAUGGCCAUGCUGUCUCUGGAAGUCAGGUCGAUUCUGCUGACAGCCCUGAACCUGAUGAUGCAACGGAGAAGGUGAAGCUGUCCAAGUUUGCAAGGGAUAAGAUGCGCCAACAUUGGUUAGAACAGCAAGAAGCCCAGCCUACGCCGCGAAUGAGGCAGAGCCUUAGACAUGGAACAGCUGAGCUGGCCUCAGAUGAAGCAGCAUCUCUGAAAGAGUUGCAGCUGAACGGUAGCGUUUUACCCUCCAGUAAGACUGAAACCCUCACAAGGGAAUCACCCACCAGCCCUACAAGUGCACAGGGACCCCAAAACCCACAAAAAUGUUUCAGUCCCCAUCAUCAGCCGAGCCCCCCUACAGGCCUCCCUAGCAGACACACACUGCCUCGGCGAAGAAGAGCUCCCAGUCUGACCAGAGCACAGCCAUCUCUCUCCAACAGCUCUGAUGAAAUCAUGCCCAUUACCCUAAAGAAGGAUCCCAACGAGCAGGUGGAGUUGCGGCCAUUCUCCAGGCCAGAGCUUGCCCUCACUCAGAGCUUCAGACUGCUUAACUCAGAUGACUGGGAGAAAAAAAUCGAGGGGCUCAUUUUCCUACGCUGUUUGGCACGGUAUCACUCCGAUGUGCUUAGUAGUAAGCUUCAUGAUGUCUGCCUUGCUCUCAUUCAAGAGGUUCGGAAUCUGCGCUCUGGAGUGUCCCGCAUUGCUGUGGUGACUUUAGGAGAGCUGUACUCUGGCCUGCAGAAGGGAAUGGACCAGGAGCUGGAAGCAACAGCCAAAGUUCUGCUACACAAAGCAGGAGAGUCCAAUGCUUUCAUUAGACAGGAUGUGGAUGCAGCACUGGACAGCAUGGUGCAGAACUGCACACCUACACGCAGCAUGAACGCCCUCCUCACUGGAGGACUCUGUCACUUAAACGCAGUCGUAAGGAAGUGCACUGCUCAGCACUUGACUUCUCUGGUCGAGAAAAUCGGCACUGGGCGCUUAUUGUCUGGAACUAAAGAUCUCACUGACCGAAUCUUACCUGCUGUCUCCAAGCUGGCGCAAGACUCUUCACAAGAAACCAGAUAUUUUGGCCGGCAAAUGCUGCUGUUCUUGUCGUCUCACCGUGACUUUGAUAAAAUGGUGGAAAAGUACAUCCCUGCCAAAGACCUGGCGACCAUCAGGGACACCGUUGUCACUCUGAAGACCAAGGGACUGGGUGAGAUGCCUCAGGACACUCCUUCAGCUCGAGGCAGGCGUUCCAUAUCAGGCGGUGGAAUGGUGCGUGCCUCGUCUCUCACUCGCGAACCUCAGUUUUCCAGCAGCAAAGACAACAGUAAAGCUCAGUUCCACAGCAUCGCAGACAAGACAGAGUAUGUCAAGCAGCUCAAAGCCCUGCUGGCUUCAAAAGACUUCCGGGAGCGCAUCAAGGGCAUCGAUCAGCUGGUGGCUGACUGUGAGGAAAACCCAUAUAUGGUCAUGGGCAACAUGUUCCCGGUCUUUGAUGCUUUUAAAGAACGGCUGCAGGAGUCAAACAGCAAAGUGAACCUUUAUGCGUUGGAGGCCUUACAGAAGAUAAUCACAUUACUUAAAGACAACUUGGCCCAAGUGGUUUAUAUCCUUGUCCCAGCUGUAGUGGACAACCACCUCAACUCGAAGAAUAACAGCAUCUACACGGCUGCAACGGGUGCCAUACAUGCUCUGAUCAUUAACCUUGACAACACCCUACUUCUUCAGCCAUUUUGCACAAAGGCACAGUUUCUCAGUGGGAAGGCUAAAUUGGACCUUGUUGAUAGAGUUGCAGAGCUGGUCAGAGAACUGUACCCUCGCAAGCCACAGCUGGUUGAGCAGAAAGCACUCCCUCUGCUUUGGCACCUCCUGGGCUCCUCCUGCAAGAGCGGCACGGUCCACGGCAGGAGCGGCACCAUGAGAGGAGCCACCACCAACCUGUGCCAAGCGCUGCACGCUCACAUGGGCCCGAUGCUGCUAAAUCAAGCUGCUUCACAGCCUUCCAACAUCUUCAAGAGCCUGAAUGAGAUUCUGCAGACCCUCACACCCCUCUGAGAUCUGUAAACCUCCGCAUUAAAACUUACCCCAGCUGACAAACUACUUGAAAAUAGAGAUGUUCGCACAUUUCUCACAGUGCCUGCACUUUAAAAUAAAUAAAUAAAAAAAAAGAAUCAAACUUUUAUCACUUUGAAUGCGCAGAAAUGCUAUGAGUCCUUAAAAAAAAAAAAUCCUGAACUAAAGGAAUAUAGAGUUUAGCUUAUUGUCUAUCAGGUUAAAGAUUCCCAGGAGCUCUGCUCCUUUGGCACUUUGAAUUAGUAACACUAUCAUGAUAACUUUUGUCAUGGUGACUUUAGGUAUAUAUUGUUCUGUGAUUGUUGCAGUUCUUCUUCUCUUUGUGAGUUUUACAAAAUGUCGACAUAUCCUGAGGCAACGAUGCAGAAUGUAAUUUUUGUGUCAUGUGACUUUUCUAUGAGGAGUCUUAAAUGGUUGUUUUAAACCUUUUGUGCAUUUAUGAUUUACAAACACUUUUGUAUUGUAUAGCUAUGAAGUGUAAUGGCACAGUAUUAGCUUCAUGUAUGCUAUAUUAUAUUGCAGUAUGUAAUGUGUCGUGUGUAUAGAUGAAAACUCUAUAAUGACUUAUUAACUGAUACGCCGGACCUGUCCUACUCUUUUUGCAUGACCAAAUAUAGAGGUGGAGUGAAAAGAAUAUAUAUAUUAAAUAAAAUACUAGAAUAAAAUAUAUAUUUCUAGUACAAAAAUAUAUUUUGAUGUAUACAGAAAUGAACUCUGGAUGUAAGCAGCCAUAUUUUUGGUGGAUGGUAACAGGCAAAACAAAACAUUUGAUGAAAGCUAGUUUCAAACUAUUAGAUAUAUUUCUAGUCUACACAUGAAUUUAUGCCCAGGUCUGUAAUUCAGUAUAGUGCCAGUCUUUAAAUACCUUUUUGGAGAUCUAAUGUUA